AUGGCCCCACAGUUCCCGCAGCUGACCGCGUUCGCCUCAGUUGUGAUUGGAGAAUCAUUGGCAGUGGGUGGACCCCACGGGCCACCACUGCAGCCACACCUAAAGUCGACGGUGCCACAAGUGGCCUCCAUGCUCUGGACUUCUGGUACGAGAUGUGUACCAAGAGUGGAAAAACCCACUGUUGACGAAAUAUCGGCGCGAUUCACUGUACAGGGUGCGCCUAAGCCAAAUCUUCACCGAUCGACCAACCUCAUUCACUCCUAUCUCACACACCUCCUACUUCAACACCCUUUGACUUCGAUCGACACACCGUACCCGCCUACGAUGCCCAACACCGACAGGUUGGAACAGAGUGGCCGAACAGUCGAUCGCAUGGCCUUCAACCCCCUGCAGGCUACUCCUAAGGAGACCCCGAACCCCCUCAGCGUGUACGAGGCAGCAUCACCACGGUGGGCUGUCCUGGUGGGCUACAAGUCGGUCCAUGUUGCCGAGCACGGGCAACAGUGGCUUCGCGAGUUCGAUACUCUUCGCACCCUCGGGCAUCCCCACCUGGUGCAAAUUCAGCGUGCCCAUAAGUGCACGGGCGAUAUUUACAUGCUGGCGGAACCAUUCUGCUAUGGUAGUUUCGAUCAGCUUCUGGGCCAGAGUGUCGACGACCUGGGUCUGGGGGAAAUGACUAUCAAGGACUUCCUCAUUGAAACGGUGGGAUGCCUCAGUUCGGCUCAGCGGUACCUGCACUGCAGCCGAAUUGUGUAUGAGAACAUCCAGGGCGCGAACAUCCCGGGGGCCCAGGCCCCCCUCGCCUAG